GGCUUAAAGCCGUCUGCUGUUGGUCGGAUGGUACGGAGAUAUGCAAACUCUUGAGACAAGUGUAGUUUGCAGCGUCUGCGCAGCUGUCUCUCACUACUGACCUGUUGUUUAGUCAUAGUUAAUUGUAGUCAACUAUGACGUCCCUCUACAGGAACGUAUUCUGGUUUGCGAAGGGCAUGAAAGAGUACAGCAGGAGCGGGUUUCGGUCUGCUUGCCGAUCCUUCAACCUCCCCGACUUGGACGUUGAUUGCACCGGUAAAGUUUUCAUGAUUACCGGCGCCACGGGUACGCUUGGGAAGGUUGUUGCUAUCCAACUUGCGCAGAAAGGUGGUACAGUGCACCUCGUGUGCAGAGAUGAAGAGAAGGCGGAAAUUUUGAGGAAAACUAUCACUGACAUAACAGAAAAUGAGAAUACUGUUGUUGUGCACAUCGUGGACAUGUCUCGCCCCCAGGAUGUCUUCAGUUUUGCCAAAAAAUUUAAGCAAGACCAUGAAAUCUUGCAUGUUCUGGUGAACUGUGCUUCAACAAUCACACAAAACAGGGAAAUUGGGGAUGAUGGUCUUGAGAAAACCUUUGCCACAAACACGCUCGGUGAGUGUUAAAAACUGCCAUUUUCU